AUGAAGCAGACCUGGUUCGUGUUGUCUUCAGCACCAGAGUCCUGGAGCCAGGCCAACAGUGGUUGCGGGGAGGCCCAGUCCCCUAUCAACGUGGUGACGAGGAAGGCCCUGGUGGACGAACGCCUCGGACCCUUCACCUUCCACAACUACCAGCAGACCUUCCACAGCACCAUCAAGAACAACGGCCACUCCGUGCAGGUGUCUGUGAACCACCUGGCCACGGUCCAGGGGGGACUGGUCACGGGCUACAAGGCCGUGCAGUUCCACCUGCACUGGGGCAAGGACGGAGGCCCGGGCUCAGAGCACACCAUCGACGGAGAGCAGUACCCCAUGGAGCUCCACAUCGUCCACAUGAAGAAGGAGUACACUGAUCUGUCCGCGGCACUGAAGGACCCCAACGGAGUGGCCGUGCUCGGAUUCUUUUACGAGGAGUCGAGAAGUGCCAACAAGAAGUAUGACAACAUCAUCAACGCCGUGCAGAAGAUCACAGCACCAAAUAGCAACACCAGCCUGGCCUCCAUCAGCCUGGACCAGCUGAUCCCGGCCAGGCAGAACCUGACCACCUACUACCGCUAUAAGGGCUCCUUGACCACCCCAGGCUGCACCGAGUCGGUCGUCUGGACCCUGUUUGAACACACCAUCCCCCUCAGCAAGGAGCAGCUCCAGGUCUUCUCCAAGCUCCGCUUCCCCAACGGGGAGCCCAUGGUGGGGAACUUCCGGCCCCUGCAGCCGCUCAACGGUCGGAUGGUGUACCGGUCGGACGCCGGCCUGCUGGCCAGCGCCCUCCUGCUGAUGGCCUCCGUCAGCGUGACCCUGGGUCUGUCCCAGCGCCGCUGACGGAGGAGGAAGCCCCCCGAGUCAGGUGCCCCCCCCAACGACCGCAGACAUCCAUCCACACACCUCCGCCCGGGGCUCUCGGCCUUCCGGUCCGUUUUUUUCUCCGUACUUUGUGGGGGCUUCCGUGUCGGGACGAUGGUCACGCUAAAAUGACCGUCCGUCAGUCACGUGAUCAGCCUCAUGGGAAAAGCAAGUUUUUGUUGUGUGUGUGUGUGUGUGUGUCACAUGCGUGUCGCAGUGCAGUGCACCUGCCGUUUUAUUUGCAGCAUUUUUGAAUGUGCCAUAUAGCCGUCGAUGUAACUUGUUAAUAUGUACUAACCCCCAAAGAUACAACCCAAUCCAGACUCGCCUAUAACGUCACGAGCACCCACCUCCCCCUCUCCCAGCGACCACGGUCAGUCCACACUACAACCACUCUGUUUACGGUCAUACAACCUCUAGACCCCAUGCCCCCCCCCCCCCCCCCCCCCACACCACACACAC